GAUGGGAACGGGAUCGUGGGUUGGUGAGUAGUGGGAUAUUGAGUGCGGGCUGAUGGGGAGGUGUGGAAUGGGAUCAUGACGAAUGCGGGGUCAUGGGAUGAUGGAAAAAUGGGCAGGGGGACGUGGGGCGACGAUGGGAUGUUGGGCAGCGCGGCGAUGGGCACGGAGUGAUGGAUGUUGGGUGACGGCCGUGGGGUCACGGUGGUGGUGGGCACUGCAGUGCCGCCGCUGGCCCAUCCUGAACCCGGGACCGGCGCUGGAGGAGGGGCAGGGCCGGACGCUGGCGGCCUCGUGCACAGCGGAGGGCAACCCGGUGCCCACGGUGCACUGGGAGACGGAGGUGCGCGGCGCCAACACCACGCGGCAGUCCCAGCACGACCACUCGGCCUCCGUCACCAGCGAGUUCUUCGUGGUGCCGGGGCGCAGCAUGAAUGGGAAGAGCCUGACCUGCGUGGUGGCACAUCCGGGGCUGCGCCACGAGAAGAGGAUCACCCACCAGCUGAGCGUCGCCUACCUGUCUGAUGUGUCGGUACUGGGGCACACAGAGGAGUGGGCGGAGGGCAUGGAGGGGGCUGCGCUCACCUGCCUGGGGGACGGCAACCCCCCACCCACCUACAACUGGACACGGUGUGGCUCUGUCCCCAUCCCCACCCCUGUCCCCAUCCCCGUCCCCUUCCCACUGCAUCUCCUGUGCACCCCAGCGGCCCCACUGUGUCCCGUUCCCAUAUUCCUGCUGUGUCCUUUCUUUGUUCCAUUUUCCCCAUCCCUGUCCCCUCGUUGUCCCCAUGCCCCCUGCCCCCGUCCACAGCCCCAUGCUGUUUCCAUGUCCUCGUGUCCCUGUCCCUGUCACAUCCCCUUGCUGUGCCCACAUCCCCACGUCUGUGUCAACGUCCUCCCGUCCACAUCCCCUUGUCCCCCAUCUCUAAUGUCCUCCAGUUGUCCCCACAUCCCGUCGCUGCGCCCAUGUCCUCUGUCCCCAUCCACGUCCCCCAUCCCCGUCACGUCCCCUCAUCUGCGUCCCCGUCCCCUAUCCGCGUCCCCAUCACUUCCUCUCGCUGUCUCCGCGUCCCCUUGUCCGUGUCAGCGUCCCCCCAUCCACGUCCCCGUCGUGUCCCACUGCCGUCCCCACUCCCCCUUCCCAUCCCCUCCCAACCCUCCACGUCCCACCCGGCCGUGCCGGCGCGCACUGCCCCACGCUGUCCCCGCAGAGGACGAGGUGCGGAGGGUGGACCUGGUGUCGGCCUCGGUGGUGGUGGUGGGCGUCAUUGCCGCCGUGCUGCUCUGCGUCCUCGUCAUCGUCGUCGUCGUCAUGACCCUCUAUCACAAGCGCAAGACCAAGCGCAUCUCUGAGAAGUAUGAGGAGGAGCUGACGCUCACACGGGAGAACUCCAUCCGCCGUCUGCACUCCAGUCACAGCACCGACACGCGCACCCAGCUGGAGGAGACGCUGCAGCUCCGCACAGAGAGCCGGCAGGGCAGCCUGCGUGGGGACAGCCUGCGUGGGGACAGCCUGCGUGGCACCAGCAUCUGCUCUGCUAUGAGUGAAGAGGCUGAGGGCCGCAGCUACUCCACCCUCUCCACGGUGCGGGAGAUCGAGACGCAGACCGAGGUCCCCGUGUCCCCACUGCUGUCCCCGUCCCUGGAGGGCAAAGAGGUGAAGGAGGAGGAGGAGGACGGUGGGGACAACCCCAUCAAGCAGGCAAUGACGCACUUUGUGCAGGAGAACGGCAUGCUGCAGGCACGGCCCAGCACCAACGGCAUCUACAUCAAUGGGCGCGGGCACCUGGUGUGAGGGGGGACACGGGGCCGAGGGGGGGGACAUCGACAGCCCGCCGUCCCCUCCCUGCCGCCCCGGCGUGGUGCUGCUGCAUUCCAUCCCCCAACAUCACCCCUGGUGCCGGUGUGAGGUUGGGGACGUGCACUGUGUCGUGGGGAUGGGAGUUCUGUCCCCAAACGCACCGCGUCUGGGACGUGUGCUGUGCGCUCUGACCCCGCGUGUCACCCACCCCUGGUGCUGGCACGAGGUUGGGGACACGCGCCGUGCCAUCAGGAUGGGGCUCCGUCCCCAAAUGCCGCCCUCGGUGCUGGCACCACCUCUGGGAUAUGUGCCGUGCACCAGGACUGUCCCCACAUGGCACCCUCGCUGCUGGCACCGGUCUGGGGACGUGUGUGUGCCACCAAGAAUGGACUCUGUCUCCAAAUGCCACCUCUGCUGCUUGGGACAAUGUUGGGGACAUACACUGUGCACCAGGACUCUGGCCCCAAAGUGCCACCUCUGCUGCAUGGCUCAGGACUGGGGACAUGUGCUGUUCCACCAGGAGGGGGUCCUGUCCCCAAAUGCACUGCAGCUGGGACGCAUGCUGUGCCGCUUGGACUCUGUCCCCAGAUGCCACCCCUGCUGCUUGGUGCAGGGAUGAGGACAUGUGCCAUGACACCAGGGUGGGGUUCUGUCCCCAAAUGCCACCCAUGCUGCUGGUGUGAGGUUGGGGAUGUGCACUUUGCUGGGUUCCUGUCCCCAGGUGCCACCUCUGCUGCUUGGAACAGGGUUGGGGACACGCUCUGUGCCACCAGGAUGGGGUCCUGUCCCUAGAUGCCACUCUCUGCUUGGCAUGAAGUUGGGGAUACAUGCUGUGCCACCAGGACUCUGUCCCCAGAUGCCACCUCUGCUGCUUGGUGCAGGUUUGGGGACAUGUACUGUGCCACCAGGAUGGGGUUCUGUCCCCGUAUGCCACCCCUGCUGCAUGGGACAAGGUUGGGGACAUGACCCAGGACAGAGCCCUGUCCCCAAAUGCCACCUCUGCUGCAUGGCACAGAACUGGGGACGUGUGCUGUGCCACCAGGAUAGUGCCCCAUCCCCAACUGCCACCCGUGCUGCUGCCGUGUUGGGGACACGGGGACCCCACGGGUCCCCCCCCACUGCCACUCCCCCUGGUCACAGCGUGGGGUCCCGACUUGGAACCCGCUUCCCGUGGGGCACUGCUGUUGUCUCCCCCCAUCCCGGGGGUCCGUGCUGUAGAUAGUGCUGCUGUACAUAGGUGUAUAGGACAGGGGUGGCAUUCCCCACCCCCCACCCCCCCCAUCACCGUUUCGGAUCUGCGCUGCUCGGCUGUAAAUAAACACCCUGGGAGCGGCGUGCACGGCUCUGUUGGUGCACACGCGUGUGCAAGCACUUCUGGGAGUGCAGUGGGUGAGCACGUGCAAAAGUGAAGAACAACGUGUGAGCGUGUGUGCAAAUGUGUGUAAGUGCGUGAGUGUGAGGUUGCACAGCUACGUGAGCAUGCCUGGAGAUGCACGAGUGUGCAGGGAUGCAUGAGGGAGAGUGAGUGUGCGUGGGGGUGUGCAGCCGUGCACAGCUGUGGGUGCGGAGUGAUGCACAAGGAUGCAGGAGUUUGCACAACCACAAACAAGGAUGCACAGCAAUGGAGAUGGAUGCACGGCCACGCACAACUAUGCACAACCAUGGAAAUGUUGGAUACGUUUGCACAACUGUGGAGAAGGAUGCAUGAGCGUGCACCACUAUAGAUGUGCAACCGUGCACAAGGCUGCACAUGUUUGUACAACCAUGGAUGAGGAAGUGUAACUGUGGCCAAGCACAGACAACAGUGCACAACCAUGCACAAGGUUACACAACUAUGGGUGGCCAUGCACCACCAUUCACAACAACGGAUGAGUUUGCACCACCACGCGCAAGGCCGCAUGAUUUUGCACAACCAUGGAAAAGGGGGCGUGAGGGUGCACCACCAUAGAUAUGGAUGUGCAACCAUGCACAGCCAUGCACAGGGAUGCAGGAGUUUGCACAACCAUGGAGAAGGAUGCGUGAGUGUGUAACACGGAUUGCAACCCUGCACAGGCAUGCACAAGGCCACAUGACUUUGCACAAGCAUGAACAAGGCCAUGCAAGCAAGCACAACCAUGGAGAAGGGUGCACAGCCAUGCAUAGGGAUGCACAACACUGCAGCACCACACCCAAGGCCACAGGGCUUUGCACGAACACGGACACGGACAUGCAACCAAGCACAACUAUGGAGAAGAGUGCACAACCAUGCACAAGGAUGCACAGCCAUAAACAACCGUGCAGCACUGUGCCCAAGGCCGCAUAGCUUUGCACAACCACGAAGGACACACAACUGUGGAAAGCAUGGAGAAGGAUGCACAACCAUGCACCACCGUGUGCAAGGCUGCAUAGCUUUGCACAAGCGCAAAGAAGGCCGUGCAGUCAAGCACAGCUAUGGAGAAGGAUGCACAGCCCUGCACAACCAUGCACAAGGAUGCACAACCAUGGAGAAGGAUGCACAGGGAUGCACAGCAAUGCACAGCCAUGCACAGGGAUGCACAAUCAUGGAGAAGGAUGCACAGCCAUGCACAACCGUGCACAAGGAUGCACAACCAUGGAGAAAGAUGCACAGGGAUGCACAGCCAUGCACAGGGAUGCACAACCAUACACAAUCACACGCCACCAUGCCCAAGGCCGCACGGCUUUGCAAAACCACAAAGCAGGAUUCCCAACCACGGACAGCAAGGAGAAGGAUGCGUGAGUGCACACCAGGCCCGGCCCCCUGUUGCACGAGGGCUCACAAGUGUGCACAAGGUCGGUGGGGCAGCACGGAAGCAGAGCACCCAGCCCUGCCCUGCGGUUUCUCGACGCCGAGGCAGGAAGCCGCCCUGAAGGAAGCGGAGCGCGGGGCCUCGAAGCUGCGUCAGGGCUGUGCACGGGGCUCUGAGCUGCACUUCCUCCCCCCGGAGCAGAGCAGGGGGGUGGGGGGGCCAUGGGCAGGAGAAGGUGACCCUCUGGGGGUCCCCGCUGUCCCCAUGUCGUUGGCACUCAAAGCACGGCAGAAGGCGAAGCGCAAAGGCGGCGGCGCCAAGGAGAGGGUGUUCGGCUGCGACCUCCUG